GGUAGUUUCCAGACCUGUAUGUAAGACCGUGGCUCGAGUGGCGAUAUUACGAGGAGCCAGCGGGGUGUGAUCGCUGUCGACGAACUGAGAGAAAUUAACGCAUUCGAAGGAAGAAAUAAUAAAAAGGACCCGAAAGAGAAGAAUCAGCAACAAUGACGCGACACGCGAGGAAUUGUACCGCGGGUGCGGUGUACACGUAUCACGAGAAAAAGAAGGACGCCGCAGCGUCGGGUUAUGGCACCAACAGCCAGCGAAUCGGCAAGGAUUCCGUAAAGGAUUUCGACUGUUGUUGCCUGACGCUGCAGCCGUGCAGAAAUCCUGUAAUAACGAAGGACGGCUAUUUGUUCGACAAGGAAGCAAUAUUGGAAUACAUUUUGACCAAGAAAAAGGAGUACGCGAGGAAAUUGAAGGAGUAUGAGAAGCAGAAGCAAAAGGUGGAGGAACAGUCACGGGUGCAAACUGCCAACGAGGAGUUAAAAAAGCUGCAAAACUUCCUGAAGGGCGAGAAGACCAUCGUGACGCACGACUCCAAUGCGACGGACGGUGCUUCGGUAUCUAACAUGAAAAAUGGCAAGGACAAAGUGCUACCGAGCUUCUGGAUACCCUCGAAAACGCCGGAAGCUAAGGAAAUCACUCCACAGAAGCCCGACAAGACCAUCUACUGCCCUCUCAGUGGCAAUCGAUUGAAAAUGAAAGAUCUGAUUCCCGUGAAAUUCACGCUAAUUCAGGAUCCAGAUGACAAACGGUCGCACAUCGUCAAGCAAGCGAGAUACAUGUGCCCUAUCACUCAUGACGUUUUAGGCAACAACGUACCUUGUGCCGUGAUCAAAACAACUGGCGACGUGGUUACGAUGGAAUGCGUGGAGAAGUUGAUAAAGAAGGAUUGGAUCCAUCCAUUGGACAGCUCCAAGUUGACGCCGUCCGAUAUUAUUCCUAUGCAAAGGGGUGGUACUGGCUAUGCUUCUGUUAACGAUUCAUUGGAGGGCCGACACGAAAGGCCAGUACUGCAGGCAUGAAGAGCGAUUUGCAUUAUUUAUGUGUAUAUAGGUUUCUGAUUAAUUAAGGAUGUACAAAUUCGAAUAUAAAUUAAGAUAUUAUCUAAUCAUUUUUUAAAUCCACCGACUGAUUUUCAGAUCUAUUUUAGCGUUAAUUAAUGACGUUAUCUCGUGAUGAUAUAAAAACUAUAUAAAUACAAUAUUGCACAAUAUAUAAAUAAAAUAUAUAAAACGUA